AGGGGAAGACAUAAAGAAGGAAGGAACACUAGGCUGGAUCUCAACUUCAAUAACUGGAUCGCCAUUUACAAUAUCUACAGUAUCGGAGGAGGAGGAGAGUGCUACUACUACCGUACUACCGCACUGCCAGCAUUAUCGCUAUCUUCGCCGUUUGCGACCCAGCAAGCAAGCGGACAAGCCGAGUGCCGCCGACGGAAGGGGGAGGAAUUUCACUCACGAUAAUUCACGCACUGACACCACUACCGCCGCCUCUGUCGACACUGCCAAUUUAUCACCACCACCACCGCCACUAACACCUCCAUUAAACUGCUAAAGGGUCGAACAAAACCCACCAAAAUGUCAAUCUGGGCCUCCAAACCCACCCCGCCAACACCUCCCAUCCACACGACCGGCAAAACUUAUCACUCAACCCUCCUCCUCCUCCUCGCGCACUCCCUCGAGCCAUUCCCAACGCCGGCGCCGGACCCCAGCCAAAUAAUCGAAGUCCCCUCACUUCUACCGCCGCCUCCGCACCGACGCACAUUUCCGGCCGCUUCUGCGCCCUCGCGUGGUAGGAGUACUCGCGAGGCGGUGAGGAAGAAUAGUUCCUGGUGGGAGGAGUACGGCAGUGAGGCGUUGCGGGUGCGGGAGGAGGUGGAUGAUCUCCAGCAUGACUUGAGACUCGCGGCCCGAUUACAGAAUCGGGUUUUGGAAAUUGAGGAGGGGGAGAGGAGGGCCACAUGGGGUGGUCGGGCACCACUAGGGACCACGGAGGAGAUUAAAGUGCUGAAGAAGGAGUGGGAGGGGGCGGCUGCGGGCGUUGUUGCUCUUUCGUAAGUUCCCCCUCUCUCCUUUUCUUUACGCCCCUCGGCGGUGUAUUAAUUUGUGCGCGGUGGAAUAGGCGACGUAAACAAACGGCCACAACACCAUCUACACCCCGAACUCCACUCCCAGCGGCUCCCUCCUCCGGCGCAUCGACGGGAUUACCCACCCCCCGCUCAAGCGGAACCCCACGAAUAUCUGAGGGCUGGUUUAGGGAUAGUCGGCGGAGUCUCGGUUUCGACACACAGCCUUCUGUCAAGCCGCGGGAGGAAUCUGGAAAUCGAAAACGGAGAAGUGCCGAGGACGGAGAUGUGUUCACCCCGCCGCCAUCUCCGCCACCUUUAGGUAGCGGGGGAGAAGCGUGGAAGAGCGAUAGCGCGGCAGAGCUGCCAAAGUUCGAGUAUAUCCCUAUUAAGGUGCCGCCUUUGGUUAAGUACGCCAUUUGAGUAGGCAGCUUGACGGGGGUUGCGGGCUUAUGUUAGUUAGAUGAGGGCGAAACGGGAUGCGACGAGGGUUUUUAGACGGGGCGUUGGGGUUAUUUCAUGAUUUGUGCAUAUCUAUCAUGUGCUGGACUGGAUGGGAUAGAUGGGAUUGGGUGGGGGGGAUAUUACCAUAUCCUUUUAUUUAUUAUACUUGUUUAUUUAUUCGGGGGCUUUACAAUACGUUGAAUUGUAUACAAUUGGUCUUUUCUCUCUCCUUCUCGAUAGAUACCGUGGUUUUCUUACGUCGUUGCGUUGAUAUGGGUAAAUUAUGAUAGCUUGUUCAAGGAUGAGCUCCACUGAUAUCAUACCUGAUUGGCAGAGAGGUGGUAUAGAUACUGCCCAAAAAUGGCAUGGGCACGUAAAUGUGAAUGCCAUAUAUGUAUGUACGCCGAAGGUGAUAUAAAAAAGGGAGGAAAAAAAAAACAACGAAUAAAAAACUCCACAAAAACACCAACUCCAGGAACAAACUAGAUACUCCGGCCCAGAAUUUGCAAGGGAAAAAGGGAAAAGGGAUGGAAAUAUGCAAAGAAGCCCCUCCCACUCCACGGUCCCGCCACAGUCGUUGGCACACCAUCUAUCUGAUCUACUCCUCAAAGGUGGGCCCCCAUCCCACCAUCCCCCCACUGCUCUUGCCCUGCCCCUCCGAAAUACACAUCUGCUUGUACACCUCCCCAGCCACCUCCUUCAAGAACCUCCCUCUCUCCGCCCCAUCAUUCCUGACCUUGUGCAACCCCUUGGCCACAACGAUCGCAUACCGCUGAUUAUGCUCCUCCUCGCUCCAUCGCACGAUAGGCAGGAGAGUAUCCAACCCCCUAACCAGCAACCCCUCCACGAAACCUUCCAAUUCCUUCAGCACCCUCGCUUCCGCGCCCUCCGCAUCCGUGGGUGUGGUCACGACACCGUACAUCCUGGCCAAUCUCUCCUCUUUCAGGAACGGCUGUAGCAGGACAGAGAUGCAGUUCCAGACUUUCAACAUGUCCAGCACUUGCUCCUUCGAGAAGCCGCCCCUCUGCAGCCACUCCUCCUGCGCACUGUGCGGGGACAAGGUCGGGGAGAAGAGCGUGCAGUAGGACCACACAUUGAAGAGCGCUUCUUCGGUAGCGAAGGUGUUACCCGGGCAAAAGUACUCGCAGCGGACGGAGAUCAGGGAUGAGAAUGUGCGGACAGUGUCGGUUGCUACCGAGUAGUGCUCCGCGUAUGUCCUUGGUGUGUA